AUGGUCGAGCCACACUCUUUCACUGGACAGCUUACGCCAGAUGAGCUCAUUGACAUCGGUAAACAUUUUCUCAAGCUUGCCGAGAGCAUCAAGGAGACUGUCAACGAGCAAGACCAUCAGCACACGAUCAGCCAUACGUCAGAGAUCAUCGAUCAGCUACUCCCACGACAGAAACUCAUUCUUUACGAUUUACGUGCACACGCUUACGCUAUGCAAGGACAGCCCAGCACAGCCAUUAACGAUGCCCAGCAAAUGAUAACCCUGUCACCAACACUGGGAGCUGGUUAUCUUCGCAAAGCCAGUGUGUUUUCGAUGUAUGGAAAUCAAGCACAAGCAAUCGCGGCAUUCGAAGAAGGACUUCAACACGCAUCCACAGAUGUUAAUGAUUACACCGAGCAGCUGAUAACAGAAAAAACAGCAGCAUCAAACGCCAAGGAAAGGCGCAUCGAUUUGAUGACGUUAUUUCCAGCCGAAGUCACUGACGACAUUAUUGCACGACUGCCACAGGAUGCAAAAGCAGUGUGUUUGCUAGUGUCGAGACUGUGGCGUAAAAAACUUCUGGGAUGUGCGGCUGCAUGGGAAAAUCUAUCAAUAAGCGACAACAACAAUGAAAUCCAAAUUCUAGGUGUCGUACCAGGUUACAUUGGCCACCUCGUCAGACACCUGAUGAUCGACACAGCAACCGCAAACAUCACUCCUGUUUGUUUUCGACUUAUGAAUGAAGGAUGCUUUAGCCGAAUCGAUUCCCUUAAGAUUUCCGACACUACUGCGCGAGGUCUAGCACCGUACGUCGGAAGGUUGUUAAUCGCUCUGAGCCAGAUGAGCAAAACAUUGGCGACUCUUGAUCUUGACCUGGCACAAAAUGAUGAAACAUUUUCGCCUUCGAUUCUACUGACGGAUAUACUCUCUGCAUGCAGAAAUUUAAAAAACCUUACAUAUUCGACAUCGUCUCCGCUUGCAAAACUGGCCGGCGACUUUAAUACAGCGGAACAGCACAAGACACUCAUCAACAUGCAGCUCAAAGCAUCAUCUAUAACAAGACCGGAUAUCGAAUUCAUGCUUCAAAAAUGCCAAAAACUGCGACGAUUUGUCAUCAACGGUUGCAAUGCCACUGUCUUGGAUGCGGUCAACAGUCACUCGACAAAUCUUGAGAUUUUUGCCUACAAUCCAAGCUUUACUAUUCCACAGUUACAAGGCGAUAUCAGUAAUGAUGAAACGGGUCUACGACAGAUCUACACAGGUAAUUAUGAUGAUGUGCCAGCUACACAUCUUUUGCCUCUCAUAUACAAAAACCGCACGACAUUGGAGACCGUGCACGCACUUAUGUCACCCAUCACCAACGAGGAAGAACUCCAGAGCUUGUACGCAGCAUAUCCUUUCUUCAAGCUAAAGCGCGUGACAAAACUGGCCUUCUGGGGGCUCCGAGGAAUUCAGAAAUUUAUGCUUCAGGCAAUUCGAAACACGACUACCUUGUUUGAUCUCACUGUCACAUUCGCAUACGACGUCAACGAGUUAGUCGAAGCUAUUUUAAAGCUACCAUCCUUGAAAAUAGUUAAAUUAUCAAAUAUUCGCCAGUCAAUAGGCUCUUCAAGCUGGAUCACACUUUUCGAAAGUUAUGGCGACAUCUCACAUUCACGACCCUCAUUGCAGUGUGCCUCGCUUCAAUACUGCGACGGAAUUACGGACGCCGAACUUGUUGCUUUGUCUGGAAUCAAGUCACUGCAUGAGAUUACUUUAGAUCGCCUACUCCAUGUUUCUGCCAACGGCAUCUCGACGCUCAUCCAAAACCUCUCCAGUCAAUUGACAUCUGUACAGCUCAUAGAUAUGGAUGUAGUUGAUGACAGUGCUUUAGUUGCCCUUGGGGACCUGAAACGAAUGACCUAUAUCAAAUUGGACCUACUGGACAGCAUAACAGACCAAGGAAUCCGAAGAAUGGUGGAUAAAGCAUGCUGCCCUACAACCACGUUGACCAAGCUAGUCGUAACACGAUGUGACCUGAUUACCAGUGCGUGUAUAGAAUAUGCAAGUCAACAAAUCAAAGUACAGUGGACCCCCGCUUUUUUCAAGGCUGCUAUUCCUGAACACUCUUGA